GGCGCUUACAGACAGGGAGCAGGCUCUGUCUACAUUUAUUAUAAUGCUUACCUCGCUCAAGCUGUUUAGCAGAAGAUAUGUCUGGAGUGAUGGUGCCUCCCGGGAACCGAUAUUUCUGCACAGCCAGCAGAGGCACGGAGAGAUUCCUGGCGGAAGAAGUGUGUCUGAAACUGUCUGCCUCUAAUGUGGAACAAAUCUCUGGAAAAGUGUUCUUUACAUCUGAAGCAGAUUUGAAAAAACUGAAGAGUCUGAAAUGCGCAGAAAGACUGUUUCUACUUGUGAAAAAGUUACCUCCACUUCAGAUUCCUGGAUAUAGAGGAAAAGGAAUUUAUGUUCUUCAGAAAUGUGUGAUUGGAGAACCUAGCCAAUGGUUGAACAGUGUUUCCACAUGGGAAAAUCUUCAGGACUUUCAUAAACCAGAAGAACAAACUUUAGGUGUGACUGAAAACGGGCUAAAACGGCCAUCCCAGGAAGAAAGCAAUGAGACAAAGACUAAAAGAGAAAAGUUAGACAGUGACCUAGAUGAAGCCGCAGUUACAGCCCCGGAUAAAAGUCCAACCGGACAAUCUGAUCUCCUUUCAAAAACUCAAGGAAACCGCCAGGAAAGUGUUACAGCAUCACAGAGCACACUGCCCCCUGAUGAGCCAUGUAAGCCUACGAAUGAAAGUGAUACCACCAGAAUGAGUUUCAGAGUCUCCUGUCGUUGCAGUGGCAAAAUGGCUAAAAGGUUUACUGCACAGGAGUUGGGAAGAGCAAUUGGGGUUGCACUUGCCAAGGAAAUGGGCUGGAAAGCAGAGUUGAGAAACCCUACACUCGAGGUCUUUAUUCAUUUAAGUGACAUUCAUUGUGUGGUUGGAAUUCCUAUUGUGAGGCUCCCUUUAGCUAGCAGAGAUUAUAUUAAAACCGUUGGAUUAAGAUCUACUGUAGCUUGGGCAAUGGCAUAUCUCGCUGACAUCAAGACUGGUUCAUUUGUCUUGGAUCCAAUGUGUGGAAUGGGAACCAUCUUGGUGGAAGCUGCCAAAGAAUGGCCUAAUGCCUAUUACCAAGGGAUUGACAACAAUACCUCACAGUUAAAGAUAGCAUCCACCAAUGUAUGCUUUGCAAAGCUAGCUGGCAACAUUGAUCUAAUGAGAGCUUCUGUCACAGAACUGCCUCUUCUUUCUGAAAGUGUGGAUGUAGUCAUUUGUGAUGUUCCAUUUGGAAAAAAGUUUAAAAUUUCACAAGACUCAAAGACCGCAAUGCCACAUAUUAUCAGAGAGAUGGUGAGGGUUCUUCGUGUAGGUGGGACUCUUUUGCUUUUACUUAGUCAAGAGCUGUCUUUGGAAAUGCAGAGGUGGUUCAAGUCGAGGAACCAAAAGUGUGACCAAACAGAACUUUCUGCUGCAAAGGACACUGAUAGAUUAUCAACGAAGCUUUGUUCAGACCCAGUGAAAGAUUUUGACAUUGUCGUUGAGGAUAUUUCUUUGCCCGGCAUCACUGGUGAAAAUGAAAAAUGUGAAAUGAAAAUAAAGGCUAUUGCUCCCCUAGUAUCGAAUGGUAUUUUCCAAGUGAGCCUGGGUGUAACUGAGGCAGCUAUACACAGAUACAAGAAGUGUUCCGUAACAUGAAUGAACAUUUCCAAUGUUGUGGAUUAUAUAAGAGGACGUUUUCAAAAAUGUUAAAAUUACCUCCUGAUGCAAUUGUGUCAAAUUCACAUUGCUGAGUCUUAAUCGGCUUACGCAAACGUCUUUGGAGCUAGUAUUCAGUCAGAGGCCUUUUUGGAUUCAGUGAUUCCGCACAAAAAAAAAUGACACGUAUCAAAAUAAUUAUCGAAGAAAACAUGAAGAUUAUGAUAUAAAUACAAUAAAGCUGAACAGAAAUAGAAGAGAAAAUGAAGAUAAGUUGAGCAGAGGACAUGCAGUAAUGUUUUUAAAAUGUAAUUCUUUAGACUGGAUAACUAUUAGUGGUGGGGCAAGCUUGAUGGGCUAAAUGACUUCCUAAACUUGUGUCCUCACCAAGUGGUUUGUUUUUGAACCAAAUUGACUACUUGUCUAGCUGGAACUAUAUUAGUGUGAAUAAUUCUGUUGUUUUUGCAAAAUAAUUGUGAGCAUGUUUGGGACAGGCAAUACCAUUUAAGGUAUAGUUUUAUUGUAAAACCAUAACUUGUUGUACAAUUUUGCAAAAGUAUUGAUCCUUCUGUUUUGCUGAAGAUUGCAUUUUAUGAGUGUGGAUGUGUAUUUGUGUGUGUGUAUGUGUAUUCCCAGAUUUUUCAAACAAAUUAACAUUGUUAUAUAAUGUAUAAAUAUUAGGUGCAGUAUGACUAAUGUAUCAGCAUGCAGGAUGUUGAUGGGAUCCUGUUUUUUACAUUUUUAUUACUCCGCUCUGUUUUAAAAUAAAAUACAAAAAAAGUAGUGGUGACUGAGGACUUGUAACUUGUGUACCUUGUCUUCAAGAUGGAAGAUGAAUCUGGCA